UGAUGUCAAAGGUCAAGCCAAACAGGUAUGCCGAAAAAAGUUUAAAGAAGUUGUAAAUAGUAUUACAUUCAGAACUUCCUGGUUGAGGGAUCUCACUAUACGAAGAGAAUAGGAAGUAAAUUUAACCAAAAUGGCACCCACCUGAAAAUCUCUGACAAUUUUGAAGAACCUUGGAAGGGCGCGGCAUCUGAGAAUCGAAAGAACUAGAAGUAAACAUGACAUUACCCAUGUUAUCUUCAGGGACAGUGUGGGGAGUUUUGAUUAUUACUCUGCUGUCGAUCAUACCUACAACUGAAGCUGCUCUAGGAGACAGUUGUACUAUGGUGGGUAACUGUGGAUACAACGGGGCAACAUGUGACAGCGGACAAUGUGGAUGUGACACAACGGAGGGAUAUCGAGUGGAGGGAAACCAAUGUUUGCCUAAUGUACUUACUGUGAAUCUCGCUGGACCCUCAAGCAUUGUGUUUGGACAAGAUGCAGUAUUCACAGCCAGUGUCACAUCAGAUCCAGAGGCGACCAACAUCAUCUGGCAGAGAGUGUCUGGUGGUGCUACAACAAACAUUACUAUUAAUAGUACAAAUGUUGUACAGACGGGUACUCUGCCAGCAGGAUCAAUAACUCUUACAAUCAAAAGUGUAACAUUUGCUGAGGGGGGCACCUAUCAAGUGAUGGUGUUGAAUUCAGUGGACCAUAAAACAAGCAACCAAGUGGUACUGGGUGUUACAGGAGAUGCUCCAGCUGUCGGUGUAUCUGGUCCUACCCAGUCUGGUACCACGGUAACUAUUACUUGUACUGCUACUGUUACGUCUGAUUCACCUGCUAUCACAGCCAUACAGUGGACAAAAAACAGUGUCACAAUAGACAUAGCAGGCAGUAACGGGAAAUACUCUGGAGGAACUGUAUCUACACCUCCACUGACUAUCACCUCCAUAGCUCCCACAGACAGGGGAGAUUACCGGUGUAAAGCUACUAACCCUGUAGGAUCUACCACUAGUACUUCUGCUGUGACUCUGGCACCUCCCACUGUGUCAGUUACUGGACCCAGUUCUGUAUUGUACGGUAAUGCUGUCACAUUCAAUGGGACAGUCACUUCUAAUCUUCCCUGGAUUGCUCAGAAAUGGCAAAAAGUACUCAAUAUUGGCACUGUACUAGAUAUAGAUAUAAGUGGUGGGAAGUAUACAGGGAGUAGCCUGGCGUCUCCCAAUCCCAAACUACUGAUCAUCAAAACAGACUUUGGUGACGAGACAAAGUACCAGCUUGUUGUGAGUAAUGGUGUGGGAUCCACCACCAGUAAUCAAGUGACUUUGGAUGUUACUGGAGAUGCUCCAAUUGUCAGUGUAACCGGUCCUACCCAGUCUGAUACCACGGUAACUAUUGGUUGUACUGCUGGUGUUACGUCUGAAUCACCUGCUAUCACAGCCAUACAGUGGACAAAAGACAAUACCACAAUAGACAUAGCAGGCAGUAACGGGAAAUACUCUGGGGGAUCUGUAUCUACACCCUCAUUGACUAUCGCCUCCAUAGCUCCCACAGACAAGGGAGAUUACCGAUGUACAGCUACUAACCCUGUAGGAUCCACUAUUAGUACUUCUGCUGUGACUCUGGCACCUCCCACUGUGUCAGUUACUGGACCCAGUUCUAUAUUGUACGAUAAUGCUGUCACAUUCAAUGGGACAGUCACUUCUAAUCUUCCCUGGACUGCUCAGAAAUGGCAAAAAGUACCCAAUAUUGGCACUGUAAUAGAUAUAGAUACAAGUGGUGGAAAGUAUACAGGGAGUAGCCUGGCGUCUCCCAAUCCCAAACUAAAGAUCAGUAAUACAGACUCUACUGAUGAGGCAAAGUAUCAGCUUGUUGUGAGUAAUGGUGUGGGAUCCACCACCAGUAAUCAAGUGACUUUGGAUGUUACUGGAGAACGUCCAACUGUCAGUGUAUCCGGUCCUACCCAGUCUGGUACCACGGUAACUAUUGUUUGUACUGCUACUGUUACGUCUGAAUCACCUGCUAUCACAGCCAUACAGUGGACAAAAAACAGUGUCGCAAUAGACAUAGCAGGCAGUAACGGGAAAUACUCCGGAGGAUCUAUAUCGAUACCUUCACUGACUAUCACCACCAUAACUAGCACAGACAGGGGAGAUUACCGGUGUAAAGCUACUAACGCUGUAGGAUCUACCAAUAGUACUUCUGCUGUGACUCUGGCACCUCCCACUACUGUGUCAGUUACUGGACCAAGUUCUGUGUUGUACGGUAAUGAUGUCACAUUCACUGGGACGGUCACUUCUGAUCUCUCCUGGACUGCUCAGAAAUGGCAAAAAGUUUACAGUAAUGGCACUGUACUAGAUAUAAAUAUAAAUGAUGGAAAGUAUGCAGGGAGUAGCCUAGCGUCUCCCAAUCCCAAACUACAGAUCAUCAAAACAGACUUUGGUGACGAGACAAAGUACCAGCUCGUUGUGAGUAAUGGUGUGGGAUCCACCACCAGUAAUCAAGUGACUUUGGAUGUUACUGGAGAUAUUCCGACUGUAGCAUUAACUGGAGGUUCGACUGUCGUGUUUGGUAGUGACAUCACGUUCACAGGUACCAUAACAUCCAGUCCUGCAACUACAUCAGUGACAUGGCAGAAGGUUAAUGGUUCACAGACAGAAAAUCUUGAUAUUAGCAAUCAGAAGUAUGCGGGAAGUUCUGUUAUUGUCGGUAGUACUAAACUUGUCAUCAAUGAUGCUAAAUUCAAUGAUGAUGCAAUAUACCAGCUGGCAGUUACCAAUCUAGUCGGCAAAAAGACGAGCAAUAAGAUCAAUCUCACUGUGACUGGAGAGAAACCAACAAUAACCAUAAACCCUGCCUCUGCCACUGUGUUUGUGGUGUAUGGGAAGACUGCUACACUGACUGCCACAGUGACAACUACACCAGACAGUCCUCCAGCAGCUGUGAACGGAUCCUGGCAGAAACAGAUGAGUGGAGUGUUCACCGACAUCGAUAUAUCAGACGAGAAAUACAAGGACAGUGUAAACGAUGUCAGUGUUCCUGUUUUAAAGAUAAACAGCGCUGUAUACACAGAUGAGGGAGCGUACAGAUUCACUGCCAACAAUCUGGUGGGGACCACUGUCAGUAGUGCUAAAACGCUUGAUGUCACAGGAAAACCUAAUAAAAUUGCACGAGUGAAAAGAGCAGCUAAUAGUACCUCCACGAGUGCUUCAUCAAUAUCAUCUACUAGCAGCACUUAUGUUACUACUACAAUGACUACCACGACUGCAGCCAGCCCAUCCCAGCCCACCGUGACUAUCUCAGCCAAUCCAUCCAGCACAAUACAAUUCGGCACCACUCUGAACAUCACAGCCACGGUGACAGCAAAUCCCCCGGCCAACACCACAAGAUGGCAGAGAAAACCUCAGAAUGGUGCAUGGUCUGAUAUCAAUAUCAGUGAUCCUAUGUAUAAUGGCAGCUCUGACACACCUGGUGCACCUUUACUGGUCAUUUCCUCUAUUACGUAUAGUGUAGACAAUACAAUGUUCCAAUGUGUUGUUGGAAAUGUGGAGGGGGAGACAACUAGUAAUGAGAUAACCAUAGAUGUGACAGGAAAUCUUCUCAGUGUGUCUAUAACACCCAGUGGACCUGCCCUGCUUCCUCAUGGUACUACAUUGAUGCCAGCAUUGGUGGCAACAGUCACUGCUGGAUCAAACACAGAACCAGCACAAGAAGUCAGAUGGAGAAAGAUAACCAGUGGGAAUAUAGAAACUAUCAACAUAAGCAGCUCUAAAUAUUCUGGAAGUACUGAUGUUUUAUCGAAUCCUCAACUGGUGAUCAACAAUGCCAUAUUUGGAGAUGAGGCAGAAUAUCAGUGUCAGGCCAGAAAUACUGAGGGAUGGGGACCAAGUAAUAAAGUGUCCAUAGAUGUCACUGGAGGCGUGCUUACUGUUACAAUUGGUUCAGAUGUUGAGGGAAAGAUCGGGGAGAGUGCCACCAUAUCCUGUACAGUUAGAGGUCCUGAGAUUAACAAAAUCACGUGGAGGAAGGCAGGUGCUGAUAUAACAAUUGAUGGUGCCAAAUACACAGGAUCUACACCUAACUCGCAUUCUCUGACCAUAAAUGACCUGGUAACACAGGACGCUGACCAGUAUCAGUGUACGGCGACUAACCCCGGAGGGACUUACGCAAGUCCUGGCAGUGCAACACUCACUGUCAUAAAUCGACAGUUUCAAGAUGUCUGCAAUGCGAGUCUCCCUUGUGAUGACAGUAAGGAAUUAGAGUGUUCCCAGUCUACUGGGCGGUGUGUCUGUAAAGGGACGUUUUAUCAUAACAACAACCUAUGCCAUUCAAGAGAUAGAUUAAAGGCUACAUUUACAUCACACUCGUCCAGUACCUCAGCAUUCUCUGUGACCUGGAACGAUCCCUCCAAUGAUGUGAACCUUGUGAGUGGAUAUAUUGUGAGAUGGAGAAUUCAUGACCAGAUAGAAUCUACACAGCAGUUACAGACAGUGGACAAAUCAGUGACCAGUCACACUGUUAGUACUGGACUGAUACGGGGACAACUAUACAUUGUGGCUGUGACAUCCUCUGUGACACUCACUAAUCCAGCCUCUAAUAUAGAAGUACACAGUGACCUGGAAUACAUUAGGAUAGUUCCUCUUCCACCAGGGUCUAUAUUGGAUAGUAGUGAUUUAGCAUCAGAUAAAUUAAUGCUGAGCUGGACUCUACCAAUAAAUGGUACAGUGGUCACCAACUAUGACGUGACAAUUAAUGGGACAACACAGAGUACUGUGAACAGUAAUGCUAACAUUCUGUUUACAAAACAACUGAUUCCUGGUACAAAGUACAAUGUCAGCAUAGUGACAGUCAGUGGUCAGAACAUGAAUAACAAUGAGGAAAAAAGGAGUGUAGCUUAUACAGAGGAGAUCCGAACCACCCCAACAAGACCGGAUCCACCAACAGGUGUAACGUGUCCAGGAGAACCCAAGGACAAAUCAUUAGAGAUCUCCUGGACAGCUCCUACUGCUCCUAAUGGACGGAUAGUAAAAUACAUCAUUCUUGUGAGUGGAGAAGUCACCAACACUGUGGAUACAUUGAGCAAUGUGAAUACAUUUGAUGUCACAGGACUUUUAGAAGAGAGAUCCUAUACAUUUGCUGUCAAGACGGUGAAUGAUGCAGUGAAUUCAACGAGCAUUGAAAGUGCACCAGUAACAUGUCAGACAAAAGCAGAAUUGUCUACCCCACCAACUGCACUCACCAUCAGGACACCAACCAGUAGAGGGUUCCCUGUGUCUUUUAGUCAUCCUACUGAUGUCAAAGGAAAGCUGGCUGGUUACAGAAUUCUCAUCAGUGAUGGCAGUAAAUGUUGGCAGCAGAUUAAAAUCAUAUGCAAUUCUUGUGCUGAGUUCACCAAUGCUUCCCAAAGUUGUGACACAAGUAUUGUACACAGAGUACCUGACAUAAAUGUCACACAGAACUAUGAUGUCACAGGUCUACAUCCAUACAUAAACUACACAGUGGAAGUGGCAGCCAUUAAUGGAGCAGGAGUAGGAAACUCUGUUGAUAACACGACAAUGACGGAAGAAGAAGUUCCACAGAAGCCCUCCAUCAGUUCUGUUAAACCCAAAUCUGACAAAGAGGUAGAUUUGACGUGGUCGUUAGCAUCUCCCUCGCCUGGCAACGUGACAUACACCGUCACAGUGAUGGAAGCGGAGGAUAACACGUCAGAUGUUUAUAUCAACAAGAGAGAGAUUCAGUACAGUGGAUUUCAACAUACAGUGAAAUUGAUCGAUGGUUUAGAAGAAUUUUGGAGAUAUAAAUUUACUGUGAAAGCCGCCACAAUAAAGGGAUUUAAAACAUCAGAAGAGUCUACUGUAAUCAGGACAAAUCAGGGAGUUCCAGGAAAAGUACGGGAUCUAACAGUAGUACGGAAACCUAACACCUACCGAGCAGCUCUAGUCCAAUGGAAAGUCCCCUUACUUAGGGAUCAGAAUGGGAUCCUUGUGAAUUACAAGUUCAUCAGCAAUGCCACUGGGUCCACAGAUAAACUUGUUCCUGUGGAUACUAGUGAGCAGUUUGUUACAGAAGAAGAGAUUGUUGUUGUUCCAGAAAUGACAUACUCCAUAGAGAUAUAUGCCAUUAAUAGUGAAGACACCAUUGGUGAAAAAGAAACUUCCGUAUAUUCUGCAGAAGCUGGUCCACCACCUAAACCUCCAGUCGAAAGCAUAGUUUCAACAACCCCAGGGCAGCACUCUCCAUCCCAAACUACCAUAGAGAUUGGCAUCAACACAGACUUCUUUACUGACAACAAUAAUGGGGAACCAACAUACUUUGGUAUCGCUGUAUGUGCUUCAUGUGGAAAUGCCAAUUUUGCGGGAAAUGGACAACAAGAAUACAAGGAUCUGCCAAGCUGGUCUGCAGCUAGAACUCAAGGAUUUCCUCUGUACAGAGUCACCAAUGAGACGUACAUGGAAGAAGUCAAGAAUUCAACAUCAGCAUCGGGAAGACGUAAAAGAUCAACAGAAGUACCUUUUAUAAUUGGAGAAGAUAAUACAUGUGAAUCCCAAGGUUCCACUGCUUACUGUAACGGUCCCCUCUCACCGGGAUUGUCGUACACGGUGGUCAUUUUUGUAUGUACUAAUGGUGGAUGUACGCAGUCUGAUGAUAUUGGCCCAUUUGCAACACUGAAAGUUCCUGAAGACCCCUUUCCGAUUGGAGGUGUUGUUGGGGGCGUGGUUGCUGCUGUUGUAGUCGUCUUUGUCAUUGCAGUUGCUAUGUUCAUCGUUAAGCGACGACGAGGGAGAAAUCCUGAACAUAAAUACCAAAAGAAUAUUGAAGAAAGAGGGGAUGAUUUGUCGGAGACCCACACAUUGAAAAAUAUUCCAAGAAAAAGACCCAUCAAGCUGAAGGAUCUUGCAGACAAAGUGGCCGACAAACACAAGGACAGCAACCUCCACUUUGCCAAAGAGUACGAGGACCUCAAGACCUUGAGUCCCAAACACGGGACUGAGACCUCCGAACUGGACAAUAACAAACUCAAAAACAGAUACGUCAACAUUCUACCAUUUGACCACAGUCGAGUGAAAUUGUUGCUUACUGAGGACGAUGAUCCAUCUACAGAUUUCAUCAAUGCCAACUAUUUACCCGGCUACAAGUCGGAGAGAGAGUACAUAGCCACCCAGGGCCCGAUUCCUGGAACCAUUGACGACUUUUGGAGAAUGAUAUGGGAACAAAACGUGUCAAUAAUUGUCAUGUUGACUUUGUGCAAAGAGGAUGGCAGGGUGAAAUGCGAGAUGUACUGGCCAGAAAACAUGAAAGAGCCCAAGCAAUACGGAGAUUUAGUCGUGGAAACAGUCUCAUGUUCUACUGUCAACUUCUAUGACUUUAGAAUCUUUAAAAUGAAAUUGGGUGAUUCUACACGAACACUGAAACAUUUCCACUUCCUUCAAUGGAAGGAUUUCUCGGCAAAUGUUCAGAAUGACGUCAUGAUUGACUUCAUCAGAAAUGUGAGAAACCACAUUCGGCCACCGGACAUGAAUGGCCCAGUAGUUGUUCACUGCAGUGCUGGAGUGGGGCGGACAGGAACCUAUUGUGCCUUGGACCACCUUUUCCAGGUCAUUGAUGACCAUGACCUUGACCACUCCAUUGACAUAUUCGACCUUGUUCUCAACCUGCGGGAGCAACGCAUGUUCAUGGUCCAGACGGAGCAACAAUAUGUUUUUAUCCAUGAUUGUGUUCGAGAUUAUGUGGAGAAAAAGAAAAAAGAAAUGCAGGGAGAGCUGCUCUAUGAAAAUGUUAACAGAGCCUUUGUUGCCGAUGAACCGCCAGAAGAAUCUUUGUAUCAGAACUACAGCAACCAGAGGACGGAUCUGUAGCAGGGAAGUAACUCUUGUACUACCUAAGGAACAUAACUCCUGCUACAUUCAGCAUAGGUGCUUCCAACAUAGAGAUAUUUCUUAUAAAAUCAAAUUUUUUUUUAUCUCAUUCGUUGUGUUUACAAAUUCUUAUACAUGAUACAAUCAUACAAUGGUUUCACUAAAGUAGUGUCUGUGAUUAACAUUCCGAAUUGUGAUAAAAAGUGAUUUCAUUUGUUCUGUCAUUCUAUGGAAAUUAACGCUGUUCAUAUCAUUUGUCCAUUCCAACUUCAUGCAUUCUGAAACACGUUUUUGUGAUCUGGUAUAUAUUUCUUUUUUUAAACUUCUUUAUGAAUUUUUUGAUCUGUUAAAAAAGUGUUGUUUGCAUAUAGAUUUGGUAUAAAAAAAAUUUAAAGAUUAUAAUUUUGAACAGUUUAUGGCAAUUUUGUCAUAAUCAUGAUAAGAUGUUCAUUAACUGGUCAGUAAAAUGGCUUCAAUCCAAAACAGGUCAUUCUGAUCAUGCAACAGUGUACAAAUGUAGCGUAGUUAAAAUUAGGUACAUUGUUGUAUGUUUUAACUAUUAAAUGUAUAGAUAUCAUUACUAACCAGAACUGUCCACUGCUGAUAGAAAACUAGAUUCAAGUCAUUACAACAAAACAGGAGAACGGAUUGAAUAUGUUUGACAGUAAUAGUGCACUUCCAUUCUAUUCUUGAGUGGGAUGCACUUUCAUUCCCAUCAUGCAUUGUUUUGUUGUUGUUGAUGUUUUUCUGAAAUCUUGAGAGAUGUGAUUUCCUCGAGCUGGAUUUUUACAGAUUACACAAAUUGAUUUUCCCCUGGUGGGAAAAAAAAAUCAAAAUUGUCUCAAGCACAUUGACUAGGCAUAAUGCACAUGCAUGUAAGUACUUGUUCUCCAAUAAUCAAGAUGGAACAUGGUAUUCAAUAUUGUUAAUAUUACAUGUAUAUAUAUUAAAGUGUAUGUCAUAUAUUUUUGUAAAAACAGGAGAGAGAGUAUUGUCUAUAUCGACAGGGUUUUUAAGAAAGUUUUGUUCAUGCACUAGCUUGUGGCAUGACAAUAAUGAUCGAUAGCUUCAUCACUCAUUAACAAUCAUUUGUCACUGACCAAUUAAACUAGUUCUCUGCUGGAAAAUUUGGAUAAACCAGUUUAUCAAUUUACGAGAGGUCGAUGACUAAAGCCAAUAUCUUUAACCUGUUAUGAUAUUUUUUAUUUUGUGUUGAAGAUUUGUGAAAAUAUGGUUACAUUUUCUUAUUCAAGUUUAUUUUCUUUUGAGUUGUCAUGAAUUACAUGAAAUUUACUGCAAAAAAAGUAUGUAUUUCUUUAAAUCUUGGAUAAUAAGACCUUAUGUAAAAUGGGCUUUAAAGAUACAUGUAACUAUAGUCUGUCCCAAAAUACAGUUAUGCAGCUAAAACCAGUUUGAACCUGAAGAAUGUUGGUUGGGUUUUUUGUUUUUUUUUUAGGGGGGGGGGGGGAUUCAUUAUUAACGCUCUGUAUUGGAAUUAUUGGCCAACUAUCAUCAAAUUACUUAAGGACCAUUUAAGCUUGUUUGAAUCAACCUCUAAAUGCAUUGCCUCACUUUAUUAGCAGAGCACAGAAGACAGUCCUUGGUACCUCUGUUUUUACUCUUGUGUUGUGUUGGACCAAAGAUUCUGAAGCCAUUUUCAAAUUAAGUUGUGUUUUGAGUUUUUCAAGGUUUUGCUUUUUCCCAAAGUAUUUAUUUUUCAUUCUUUAUGCAACUUUAUAGAAAUUGAUAUCAUAAUCAAAUUUUGAUUGUUGUUAGUGAUUGUACAGCUUUAUCAUUUCAUAUUGUUUACAAGAAUUCUAUAUCUACAUUCAACUUGAUUUUUAUAUAAAUGUUAUGUGAUCAUAAUGAUAAUUAUUAAAAUAUUGAUUGAGUUUUUUUUUUCAAAUUACAAUUUGAAAUAUUAUAUAUCAAUUAUACUUUAAUUUGUCUUGUUAUAAUGUGAAUACUUGAUUUAACAAUCUCUUAUAUGUAAAUUAUACAAUGUAGAAAGGUUGUGAAAUAUCUAUUAAUUUUCCGUUGUAGUUUUAUUUUAAAAGAGGAGCAUUCAGCACAAUUUAUUCCCUCUUUUUUAUUUUUUUGGAAAACCGGUUUCAAUAUUUUUGGAUUAAUGCUUAUUGCUACGAAGAAAAUAUACUUGUGAAUUGUAUCUAAAACACUAUUAAAUCUCAAGGUAUUUUUAUAUAUGUAUUUACAUAUCAAGAUCUCGUUGUACAACGACCACAAUUACACGUAGUAUUUAAUGCCUUCAAUACUAUGUAUCCUACUAAUUACUUUUAUACCAAAUCAGUGUGCACCAUGUAGGAAUAUAUAUUGUAAUAAAAUUUCAUUAGUCAA